GAUACAUACAGUUAUUUAAACGUCAAUCAAAAUUGGCUUCAUAAAUUCCAGCUGGUCUACAAUUCCUUGUCAGCCCUUGUUUCUCAGUUGUCACGAUAUUCACCGAUGCCGCCAUUCAAAGAUGAACACAUUCUAAUUAUCGCGCCAGGCUCACAGACUACGCUGGCGCAGUUGGGCUUACCGGAAUCUUUUACGCCCCCAAGCCAUCGAUUCCCUACGCGAAUGUUUCGAGCGCCAGACGGAAAGACAUGGGAACCACAAUUCAUUAGAGAACAGCAAAAAGAAAACGUAGAAGAUGACGUGGUAAUGGUUAACACAGCAGAGGAACGAGACCAGAGUACGGAAUCUAUAGAGAAAUUUGAUUCAACUGAGGAAGCUGUAUGGCCACUCAAAGAGGUAGCAUAUGCUAAUGACUCGGUGUUUGCAGAGGGUCAUAUAGUGAACUUACCUGCAUUCUUUGCGCUAUUACAACACAUCCAUAAUACUCUCUCACCUACCUUGCAUACGCCAAUUCUACUUGUAUCUCAACCGUGCUGGACGGCCAAGAACCGAGAAGAUAUAACCCAGUUUAUGUUUGAAAAGUUUAAGACACCCGGGCUUUGUAUAAUUGAUAGCGCUGUAGCCACUUCUUACGCAUUUGGCGCUGCUACUGCAGCGAUUAUCGACGUAGGGUUUGAAAAAACUGAUGUCACUGCUAUAACCGACUUUGUAAUAACAGGUAGAGGGUGCAUUACGCAACACGGUGGGGAUGCAAUGACACAACGUUUGAUGGAGCUUCUCAAGCCAAAAAAUUUUACUAGAGAAAUGGCUGAACAAUUAAAGAGAAGCCCAAUCUGUGAAAUUCUUCCCCCAGGAACCCCUUUGCCAGGAACAGCAGAAGCUGCUAUUGCGGAAGAAAAUGUAGAUCUUCCAGCUAACAUAUUGGCGUCAGCUGCUACCUCUUUAGCAACUACUUCAGUAAAGCCGGCAUCAAAAGCUAUCGAACUUCCGGGGAAAGAGUUUACGCUUGUGGAUGAUAAGCCUGUCGAGGACGACGGUAUUUUGGACAUUGCGAGUAUCGUAACUAGCGGCAAGACACAAGAUUUUCUCGCAAAAAAAGAAAAGGAAAAGGCAGAGCGUGCUGCGGCUAGAAAAGCGACCAGAGAUGCAGAGAAAGCAGAGGUUGCAGCGAUGGCCAACAAGUCUACAAAGCUUCCAAACUCCAAAAAGCCACGUGCGAUAUUUCAUUAUGAAGAUAAUAAAUCUACAUCUAAUUUAAAGUCUCAAAAAACGCCCGAACCCCAGGCAUCAACUUUAGCAGUGGUUGAAGAGGCACAACCGGAAAAAUCAAUUAACGAAUCGAUCGUUACGGAAAAUCCAGCAGCUGUGGAAGAUGAUGCUUCCAGACGAGAGCAAAAGGCAGCUAGAAAAGAGGAACGAAAGAAAACCCGCGAGGAUGAGAACGUUGAUCGUGCUCGAAGAGAAAUUGAGAUUGGUACUGAGCGAUUUCAGGCAGCAGAAAAUAGCUACAUGGAUGCUAUUGCAGACACUAUCCAUCGAGUAAUUUUAUCUGUAGACGAUAUCUCAAGACGGCAGUAUGUCUGGGAUUCUCUUAUCAUUUGUGGAAAUGGUUCGAAGGUUCGUGGCUUUAAGGAAGCCUUACUCAUGACAUUGAGUAAUCGAUUUCUCGUAUCGUCGAGCACAGCAUCGACUUUCGCAAGCGACAUACCUUCAAACCUUGGCACACCAAGCGGAAAUGGGUCAAUGACACCUAGCUCAACGUUUUUAUCAUCCUCGCACGCAGCUGCGCCUACAAGUGCUGCCAACCCCCUUCUUGCUGCCACAAUUGGCUCAAACAUAGCAUUUAACUCAAGUAUACCCACCAAUCUUUACCAUUCAUCUUCGUCGCUAUCACAAUCUCCAACCAGUAUAAAGGUGGUCAGCCCGCCAACUUACUUUCCCGAAUGGAAACAAUAUGAAGAAGCAAUCUUUCUAGGCUCUCAGAUAGCGGCCAAGGUCUUCUUCGUCACUGACCAGGGUCAAUCCAAGGCAUUCCUUACGCGAGCAGAAUUCAAUGAAGAUGGCCCCACCGCUAUUCAUCAAGUGUCAGUAGCAGUUGUUGGUCAUUCUUAUUAUCCAAUCUAA